GUUCCUGCUGGUAUUAAAAGGAACACCCUGCUGCCACUCCAAGGAGUGACUUUACUGAAGACAGUGACGUCACCUGCCGGACUAAAUGGCGAGUCUUCGUUCUGUUUGGCUUCAUGCAUCCUGCGUGUUUGUUUUCUUCAUCUUGACUGCGACAUACACUACUGGUCCGGCGCAAGCUCUGAGGAUAAUCGCACUGAAGGUUCCCGAGACGCCGACUCGCGGAUCCACUGUGACGCUGGAAUGCCGCUACGACCUAGAGAGGGAUGAACUGUACAGCGUCAAGUGGUCUAAAGACGGCAGAGAGUUUUUACGCUAUGUGCCCCACGACGUCCCGAAAAUACAGGUGUUCAGUAUUAGAGGGCUCACUGUGGACGUCAGAAGUAGCACCAACACUACGGUAGUCCUUGACAACGUACAGCACUCUGCCUCUGGAACUUACAAGUGCGAAGUAUCAGCCGAAGCGCCGUCGUUCGAUCAGGUCGCGGUUGAGAAGAGGCUGGACGUCACAGAGACGACUUUAUCCCUGAACCAACCACCAAUCAUGAUCGCGGGAGGUUCCGUGCCUCUGAACUGCACGUUCAACCUCGGUGGAUUACCCCUGCACAGCUUCAAGUGGUUCAAGGACGACAAGAUACUCUACUCGUACAUUCCUCGCAAUAGGCCACAGGAAGAAGUGUUCAGCGUGCAAGGAGUGACAGUCGACGCUCCACCACGUCUUCUUUCUGCCCAAGGAGGCACUGGCCCAACACAGAUGCUGCAGACCAACUAUUCGACACUGUUUCUGACGAAACUGAGCGCCCUGAGCUCUGGCACUUACCGCUGCGAAGCCAGCGCCGAUCCUCCACCCUUUCUAACAUUGCAGGACGAAAAAAUUCUGGUGAUGGUCGAACAACGAGAUUUAAGACCACAGAUCACGUACGACAGGGAGACGUACCAGGUGGGAGACAAUGUGCGCCUCAACUGCACCUCCAGCCGAUCGAGACCAGCUCCCAAGCUCACCGUGUACGUCAACGACCGCCUCUUGAUCGACGCCGACGUCAGAGCGAGCGUCGACACCCACCGGGACGGCUUCCAGACGGCGACGCUCGUUACGACCUUCCCGGUCAGCCAACACGAUGCAAGAGGAGCCGCUGGGCAGGUCAAGUGUCACGCCAGCUUCAUAGGCCUGUACGAGGCGGUGGGCGAGAUGUCCAUUCCAGUUGGGCAGCGAACUGCAGACCACAGAGGACCUUACCAGCAACAGCACCAGCGGCCGCAGCACAAGCAGCCGCUGCACCGACCGAGUUCGAUCUCAUCGCCACAAGACGAAUGUCUGGCCAAGGCAAUGGAGAUUCUUGCGAGGGCAUGGGCCGCCUACCAGGGUGGAUCAGCGAAUCCAGCGCGUCGCGUAGAACACGACCCCAUGACGUCGACGGAAGGCUCGCGUCUCGUCCGCUUCGCCAGCGUGAACCCGGUCCUGCAAGUCCUCAUUGUCGCAGGCCUGAUGCUUCAAUUCUCAUCUGCGUUGCGGCUGCUGAAGGUGAAAGCACCGCCGACUGUGCUGUACGGUGGCGUCGCCAAGCUGGACUGCCAGUACGACCUCGAGUCCGACUCACUGUACGCCGCUAAGUGGUUCAAGGACGGGUACGAGUUCUACCGAUAUAGGCCUGGCGUCGGAGUCACGACCUUCCCCGUGCAGGGUGUCACUGUGAACAACUCGGAGUCUAUCGGCGCGACGGUCUACCUGCAGAACCUGACUCUUCAAAGUUCGGGGCUCUACAACUGCGAGAUAUCAGCAGAGUCACCUUCAUUCCAAACAGUCAUCGGAGUCAAACAAAUAAAUGUCAUAGCCCUCCCAAGACACGGACCUCGCAUCGAGGGCGCCAGAAGGCGAUACAGAGCCGCCGACACGGUAAGCCUGAACUGCACGUCAGGAAAAUCCAAACCGGCGCCGGUCCUUCGGUGGUUCAUCAACGGUGCCUUGGUGACGGACUCCAACAGUCAAAGUGACCUCACGACUGUUAAGCAUGCCGACGGUUUCGAAACGGUGUCCAGGAGGCUUCAGUUUGUGGUGACGGAAGAUCUCUUCGAUCGAAACGAAUACAUCAAAGUAAAGUGUGAAGUCAGUGUCCCGAAUGUAUACGUGAUGAGCGACGAAAAGGUACUGCUAGAAAAAGCGCAGGACAGCGCAGUGGACGUAAGAGACGUAGACGACGACUGCCUGUCCAAGAUUCUUUCCUUCAUCACGCGGCUGUGGAUGAGAGAAAACGACGGGGAAGACUGACCGAAAUGGACGCGUGCAGCGCAACUCUUAAUUACCGGAGUGUGUGUG